AUGUUGGCGAGACAAUAUCAUAUAACGAAUCAACAGUAUUGUCCUCGCGACGAAAAUCUGUGCCGUCGAUGGUUUGUGAGAGGAAGAGGAAAAGGAAGAUUGGUUUUUGUCUGGAAGGCAACGACGAAAACAGACAAAAACGAGAAACAAAACGAAAACGAAAAGAAAAAGAGCAGCGGCAGAAAGAAAGAACGAGUCGACCGACUGGUCUCGAGAUUGGGAUACUGCGAUGGAAGGAGUCGCGUGAAGACUGAAUUUCUAAACAGAAAUCGACUCUCUCUGUCUUCCAAUUCGACGAUAGAAAUUAAAUCUUCGUCGGAGAAAGUAGACCCGAGCGACGUACUCAUCGAUGGACGACAUUUAGAAUCCAACGAACUCGACGGGGUGUUGAUUUUAUUUCACAAACCGAAAAACUGCGUCUGCUCGAAAGAAAAAGAGGAAGGAAAUAACGUGUACGAUGAACUAAUGAAAGCGACUCUAAUGGAUGAGGACGACGCAGUAAAUGGUAAGGAAAGAAUAGAGAGAUGGUUAAACAGAGUUCCCGAGAUCAACACCGUUGGACGCCUCGAUAAAGACACGACCGGGGUCCUUCUCUUCACGGACGACGGGAAGUUAUUACACGCGUACACUUCUAAAAAGGUAGAGAAAGUGUACGAGGUGACGUGCGAUAGAGAGAUUCCGUCCUCUUCGAUUUCGUUAUUUGCGUCAGGAACGAUGAAACUUUCGGGAGAACCAAAAGCGUGCUUACCGGCGAAACUCGAAAUUCAUAAAACAGACGCCGCAAAGGCAACGAUUACCCUCUCGGAAGGUAAGUUUCACCAAGUAAAGAAAAUGUUCUUCGAAGGUUUGGGUUGUAUGGUAAUCGAAUUACACCGAUCAAGUUUUGCUGGGUUCGUAUUGAAAGAUGGUUUCGAACCGGGAAUGUGCGAACUGUUAGACAUUACGAAAGCGCGGGAGGUGUUUAAUCUCUAA